CGCUGCGCUGACCGUGCAGGCGGCAACGGCGAGCAGGAGGACGGUGAAGAAGCAGCGCAUCGCGACUUGUGAAUGUGAUGUCGCGGGUGGAUGGUGCGCGGAGAGCGACUGUCCGUGCACGACUGUCUAACCCCUGCGCAGGUUAUAAUCCACCUGCAUUCUGCACCCGCCCGAACGUACCAGACUGGAGCCGAUGGCGGAUGCAAGCGGGAGCACCUGCAGAGGCAAGCGGAUGUGAUCGAGGUCUGCCCGAUCGAGCCAGCUUCCGCCCCUAGCUUACGGGUUCACAGACGCGUCGCUAUCGGUUUAUCGUGGCUAGUCUUCGGUCAUGGCUUCGUUUUGUCAGCUUGUAAAGACAUUGGGUUGCAUUCAAGGGUAUGUCUGGCACUGUGCUAGCAACGUGUUAGCAGUUCCUGACGCAGCCCUUCCCCAGGCCAUGUGUGCGGACAGUAAUGGGUCAAGCUCAAUGCAAAUCUCGUGACUCUGCAAGUUGAGAUCAGAGAACCAAACUCAUGUGUACAGACUGG